GUGUGUUGCUAAACAUCGCGAUCAUUCCUUCGACUCUCGAGAGUCUAAUCGACGUAGGCGAAGAUGUACGCGGCACUUUUAUCGCUGAGGUCAACGAGGCUGACACCCUCAUUUGGCAGAUUUGCCUCCUCAGCUUCCGGUCAUCUUCCACCUAGAAAUUACCAAAAGGAUUGAAAAAAAACUCCACUAAACAAUGAAAUAAAGUCAAACAGUAAUCGAUUAGACAUUCGACGAGAACAUCAAACAGCGGAUCGACCACGUAAGGGUACAUUCACGGAAAGAAGUCAACUUAAAUAUGCACGUCGAUUGGUGGUAAAAUUGGGAAGUGCUGUAAUUACAAGGGAAGAUGAGCAUGGACUUGCUUUAGGUCGUUUAGCAUCAAUAGUGGAACAAGUGGCAGAAUGUCAAAUUGAAGGUAGAGAAUGUAUAAUGGUGACAAGUGGUGCAGUGGCUUUUGGAAAACAGAAAUUACAUCAGGAACUCUUAAUGUCCCUUUCAAUGCGAGAAACACUCAGUCCUGCAGAUCAUACACGUGAACAUGCAGGAAAUCUAUUGGAACCAAGAGCAGCGGCAGCAGUUGGUCAAUCGGGUCUUAUGUCCCUGUAUGAUGCAAUGUUUGCACAAUAUGGUGUGAAAUUGGCACAGGUUUUAGUGACAAAACCCGAUUUUUAUAAUGAAGAAACGAGAAAAAAUCUAUUCAGUACACUCAGUGAAUUAAUAAGUUUGAAUAUUGUGCCAAUUAUUAAUACAAAUGAUGCUGUGUCACCGCCACCACAAGUUGAUGAGGAAGUGGCUGGCAGUGGUGGUCGAAGGGGAAUUUCCAUUAAAGACAAUGAUUCAUUGGCAGCAAUGCUUGCUGCUGAGGUACAGGCUGACCUUCUAAUUCUCAUGAGCGACGUGGAUGGCAUUUAUAAUUUACCACCUUGGCAAGAUGGUGCCAGAAUGCUGCACACGUUCACAUCCGAUUUGCGAGGUACCAUUAAGUUUGGGCAAAAAUCCAAAGUCGGCACUGGUGGAAUGGAUGCAAAAGUCAACGCUGCACUAUGGGCAUUGGACAGAGGUGUUUCUGUUGUUAUUUGUAAUGGCACUCAAGAAAAGGCCAUUAAAAGUAUUUUGUCGGGAAGAAAAAUUGGUACACUCUUCACUGAAUCAACAACAUCUUCAGCGCCCGUUGAAGUUGUUGCCGAAAAUGCUCGAACGGGAAGCAGAAUACUUCAGGCACUUAAACCAGAAGAGCGAGCACAAUGCAUCAACACUUUAGCGGAUUUACUCGAAUCGAAGCAAAGUGAUAUUUUGGAUGCGAACAAUAAAGAUUUGGAGGAGGGUCGAAAAAGUGGUUUGGCAAAGCCAUUACUAUCUCGUUUAUCACUGACACCAUCAAAAUUAAAUUCCCUAAGUCAUGGUCUUCGACAAAUUGCCGCGACAUCUUUGAACAAUGUUGGACGUGUAAUUAGAAGAACAAAAUUGGCCGAUGAUCUUGAAUUAAAACAAAUAACAGUGCCAAUUGGUGUUUUAUUGGUGAUUUUUGAAUCGAGACCCGACAGUCUACCUCAAGUUGCAGCAUUGGCUAUGUCAAGUGCAAAUGGCCUAUUAUUAAAGGGAGGUAAAGAGGCAGCCUACAGCAACAAGUGCCUUAUGGAUCUUGUGAAAGAGGCAUUAAGCUCAGUUGGUGCAGCUAAUGCCAUUUCUCUUGUAUCCACAAGGGAGGAAAUUGGUGAUUUGCUCUCAAUGGAGAAGCACAUCGAUCUUAUUAUUCCCCGCGGUAGCUCGGAACUUGUCCGCUCAAUUCAGUUGCAGUCAAAGCAUAUACCUGUCUUGGGACAUGCCGAGGGCAUAUGUCACGUCUAUGUUGAUAAGGAAGCAGAUCUUGUUAAAGCAAUGAGAAUUAUUCGUGAUUCAAAAUGUGAUUAUCCAGCAGCGUGCAAUGCAAUGGAAACACUUUUAAUACAUGAAAAUCUUAUGAGCAGUAGUUUCUUCUCUGAUGUUUGCAAUAUGCUACAACGCGAAGGGGUCAAGAUUAAUUCUGGUCAAAAGCUACAGCAACAAUUAACUUUUGGACCACCGGCGGCUAAAAGUAUGAAGAUUGAAUAUGGAGCUUUAGAAUGUACUAUUGAACUUGUCACGGAUCUUGACGACGCGAUAAAUCACAUACACAAAUAUGGAAGUGGACACACGGACACAAUUGUCACUGAAGAUAUGAAAAGGGCAACUCAUUUUCAAAGAGAAGUCGACAGUGCAUGUGUCUUUCAUAAUGCCAGCACUCGUUUUGCCGAUGGUUACAGAUUUGGCCUCGGUGCUGAGGUUGGUAUCUCGACUGCUCGAAUUCAUGCUCGAGGUCCCGUGGGAGUCGACGGUUUAUUAACGACAAAGUGGGUCUUGCAAGGAGAUGGUCACACAGCAUCCGACUUCUCAGAAACUGGUGGUAAAACUUUCCUUCAUCAGAACUUGCCAAUUGACAAAGAGGUGAACUGAAUUUAAAAUCAACUUUUUGGAGACAAAAAAAAAAUGAAGAAGAAAAGAAAAGAAAAAUGAAUGAAACACACACACAGAAGCCUCCGCGUGACUUGGCUGUGACAAUUUUUUUUCAUAUAAAUAUUAUUAUAAAGGUAAUCUUUCGAAGAAUUCAUCAUAAAUCGUAAAAAAAGAAAAUUACGAUAAAGGUAGGACAAUUUUUUUUUCAAAAAUAAUUUUUAGUUUUAUUUUGAAAAAUUAUAGAUCAAUUUUCCUGUUGAGGAAUUCUAUUUGAAUUGAAUUUUUAAUAUUCUUAUAUGAGAAUUUAAUCCUUUUAUAGUGGGUGAUACUUUUAAUUAUAAUUCCAAAAAUUAAUUUAUUAUUUAUUAUAUUGGAAUAAAUGAAAAAAAGAAGUUUCUUGAAUGAGGAAACUAAUUUUUUUUGUAAAUAAUUUCACAAUUGAAAUAUAUAGUAAUAUGUACCGCAUACAUUAAUGUGCGAUGGCUAAUUUUAAAAGUUUGAAAAUGAGUUGACAAGUUUUCGCAUGUUUCAUAGAAUAACAAACUCUCUUUCUCUCUAAACGAUGUUUUGAAGCGGGUCGAAGUUUCCAAGUUACUUUUUUUUUUUAUCACAAUAGCAUAUUCUCGACGUUUUUAUAUACCUAACAGCACAUAUAUCAGACCAAUACGAGAAUCCUUUCCAAACUACGAAUAAUGUUACGGAUUUUAGGUCAACAAAUGGACUUGAAAGUUGAUGCGGAAAACUUGGCAACGACUGUUUGUGGUUGAUUUUUCUUCUCGACAAUAUAAUGUAUCUAUUAGUAAUUCUUUCGAGGAAAAUAACUUUUUUUUUCUUAAAUUCCUAGCAAAAAAAAAAAAAUACAAAAUUAUUAGUGACAAUUGUUGAAAGUAUAACUUAGAAAAGAAUGAAACAAGCUCUAAAAUAAGUUGAUGGUAAACAAAUUUUGAGAGUAAAGUUGAAAUACUUGUCAAGAAUAUUUACAUAAAUUAUUAUUUGAAACUGACUUUCGUUUAAACAUUCUAAACUUCUGUAUAGGAAAUAUAUAGAUAAAAGUUUACCUUUCGAAAAAGAAAUUUGACUUUUACAAUAAAUUGUUUAAAAUAGAAGUAAAUUCUGUGGAUAAGUUUGCUUGUGAAACUUUUCUAACUUUUGGAAGAUGAGUUUUCAAACAAUCAACAAAGUAGAGUAAAAACUUUAUGACCAAGUUUUUCUUGAUAGAUAUAGAGGUAAUUUUUUUUUAUUUUCCUAUUUUUAUGAAACCUAUAUUAGUUAAAAGAAUAAUUUUCGAAAUGAGGAACUGUCAAUAUUGAUUGUCUUUUAUUAGAUAAAUAUUUUUAUAAACCUGUAUUUACCAUGUAAAUCAAUCAAUAAUUUCAGAGAACGAGAUGGAUCAGAUCAACUUGUAUUGAAUCUUGCUUUUUUUAGUAUCAAGAAAUAAAGUUCAAAUUUCAUAAGCUAUCAUCUAGAAUUUUCCAUUUUUCCCCUCCUCACUCUUUCUCUUCUUACGCUAGAAAAUCAAUCUAACUUUGAUAUCAACUUUUCAAUCUCCAAGAGAGACGAAUCUCUUAAUCUUGUAAAAUGCGACAUUGACAACAUUUAAUUGACUCUGCUCCGCACACAAUAAAAUUUAUCGUUAAUUGUCUUUUUCAAUCAAUUUGACAAUUAUCUUUUAUAAUUCUUAUAUUAUGUAUAGUUUCUUCGAAGUACUUUAAUCGACAAUUUUCUUUCAUUGAAAAAAAAAACAAAAAAUUUUUUUCACUUCACUGUCAUAAAAUCAUUGUCAUUCUCAUUGUCAUUGAAACUAAAGAUCCUGCGCGCUUCGAUAGACGAGACAUCAAUUAAUCUUCGACCGAAAAAAAUAGGUCAGAUGUGACGAUAUUUUACGCGAAAGAAAAAGAGAGAGAGAGAAAGAGUAUAUAUACUCAGCACACAAUUUUAAGAUAAAAACUAGGUCUGUGCUUUUGCUAUUCUUUGGAAAUGCGAAAUAUACAUAGGGAAUAAAGUUGUAAGUUCCGUGACAUGCGAAAAAUAUGUGAAGAAGAAUUUUUAUCCUAUUCAUCAUAUGAGAAAGUAUAAUUUUAAAUUCGAUAUUAAUAAAAAGCGGAAACUUAAAAAUCCGUAAAAAUCUUCGACCA